AUGUCGACCGCAGACGUCUUUCAGGAUUACAAGUGGUCAGGCGACGAGGCGUAUCUGAGCGUUCGGGCAAAAUGCGUCCACAGCGCUUCGGAUUCCGACUCUCGCUUGGUUCGCGUGCCCAAGGAUCACCUACAUCGAGACUUUGAGUUGAUGCUACAGAUCGCUGCUGGAGUGUAUGGCGUCGCCGAGUGGCAGAAAUGCGCUCUGGAAGUGCGCCACGCUUCUGGCCCCACUUCUGACAAAAGGGUCAUCACUAGCCGAAGAGAGUGGCUCGACUUUCAUGCCUACGAGAGGAUUCUGCGCGGAGAAAGGCCUCACGUCCACAACAUAGCAGCCCCGUACAGUACCGGAGGUGGCUUUGGUCACUACUCGCUAGACCCUAAAAAGGUCCAUUACCAACCCGUUGUUCUCGUCCGCAAACCCUCUGCGCUCUCUGUGAAUGAGUGAGUGUAUGCUCUAGAGUGAGUGCGCGGGGCAUUACACUUACUCAAGUGAGGCCUGCAUCUACCAGCUUGUACGAGUCGAAUGGGACACGUCGAAUCGUCGGCGCAACAUCUUCUGCCCAAGCAGCUGGUGCUGCUUCAACAAGCAGCACCAAGACGUCAAGCAAGCCUGCUACCAACCUUGUGCAGGCUGAGAUGAACGCGGGAAUUCGUGACGCUCUUUUGGCUGAUCCAAUCUUCAAACAGGCGCUCGAAAAUGUUCGCAAGCGCAGCGAACGCGACACUAUCUCGCAAAACGUUUCCACUCCAGUGUCCAGAGCUGCUCACGCAAAGACGGCAGGCGACACAUCCACCUUCAAGCCGUCGUCGCUUACUGCAGCACCUGCUGCUAGUCAGCCAGCCGUACCUCUGCCAGCCACUAGUACCGCUCAAGCUCCGUCGACCGUACCAGCUAUCUCUCCGGCUGUGGCCCCAGUCACAGAGUCCGUGCAAGAGCUCAUCCGCACGUCCACAAAACUCUGUAGCGAAGUGAUGGGCUGGACCAGAGCUCUUCGCGACGAGGUUCGUCCUUCGACUGCUCUCAACGGCAAUGCGAGCUUGCCCUCGGCUGCGCAGGACUUUCGUCGCAGCAUGGAUGUGCUCAUUGCAGCAGCUGGAGACAUUGCAGCUGCUGUUCAACUCCGUAGCGUGACUAGUGGUGAUGGAUCACGUCCGCCAUCUGCGUCAGCAUCGAUUUCAGCUCCUGCCCCACCACAGUCAGCGGCUCCAUCCACUGCCCAUGCCGCGACGGUACCAGAACAAGUGGAGGCGGUCCCAACUACGACCCAAGCACUGCGUCCAGAUGCCAAGCCUGCCCAACAAGAGGCGGACACCUCUGCCGUCGCUCAUGCCCCUUGGAGGCAAGGCGCCAGCGUCGAGGGCAGCGGUGCCACAUACGAAGAGAUCAUGGCGGCCUGCCGCGCUCAAGGGGAAGCUCAAGGACGUGCCUUUGGAGAGAUCAGUGCUCGUCGUGCGGCCAAGCUUGGACUUGGUCGUGAGGAACAUGAGCACAAUUCUACCCCCAGCAAUGUGUCUGACGAUGGCUUCUCGCUGGUGGAGCACGAGCACACGGGCAGGGAGGAGCAAGUCGUCUCUGAACAAGCACGAAAGCAGCAUACAGCCACAAAAAUUGCCUUAGGUAGUGCUGCUCCAAACGUACCGAAUGAGCCUCAAAGCAAUUCAUUGCACAACAAGGGCGCGAAAUUGAACAAUUCGGAACCUCUCACCAUCACUGACGAGAUUGCGGCACACAACGCAUACAUGCAAGAUGCUUGGCAGAAGCGCUUGUCCGAAAUGGGUCAUGUUGGACAGCCUCGUGAUGAGCGCGAUGGCGCGCUAAGGGGUAGUCAGGGAUUUGGUUCGCAAGAGAAGAAACUGGCAUCGAAGACUGCCAAGGGCAAGGAGCGCGCUCUUUCUCCCUCUCUCGCGCACCGCAAGCCAUCGCCCAAGAUCGAGCAGGCCGACGAUCCUGUUCCAGCUGAGCAAAUCACGGAUUCCGCGCAGCAGGCCGAAGUCGAAGCCACCAAUGCGACUCUUGCAAAGUGAGUCUUUCGUGUUCACUCUCAGAUCAUCAUGAAAGCGCUAAUUUUGCAAAUGUUCACCGUGACGAGCAGCAACUUUGACAAAUUUUUGGAGGAGAUGCGUCAGGCGCGCAACGAGAGCCGCUACGCCCCGCGCCAGCCGAAGCCAUCGAAGGUGCAAGCCACUACAGCUCCCCAGGCCAAAUCGCCUUCUCAUCAGCAGGCAGUAAAGCCUGAGGGCAAAGAUGAUGAAGUCUCUACCCAGCCUACUAAGGGUCCCAAGGUGGAGGGCGGCAGCGCCAAGCCCAAUGCUGAGCCUGCGACCGCACCAAGCGAGAUGAAUAAACACCUCGAGGAUGCUUUUGCAGCUAUGCUUCAGAAAGCUCAAUCCACCAAAGGUCCGGGGUAG